GGGAUCCGAGCAUAAUUUUUAUGCUGAUUUGUUUAUUGUAGUGGAGAGGUUAUGCUGUCACGUUUUCAAAACGAACGGAUCUCAGGAAUAGGCGAUCGAAUAUUAUAAAUCAUGAUCGACUCAACUCAUCUUGUAAGUGCAGUAGUCGUUCUCGCAUCAUUCGUGGUUGGAUAUAGAUUAGGCAAUAAGCGCACCAACAAAAAUACCGGCGAAAACCCUGAAUCAAUCGCGCCAUCCGGCAAGAAAGAGGAAAACAUUUUCUCUGACUACGGCGGUGAAUAUAAGAUGAUCCUUGUGGUGCGAAACGAUCUGAAAAUGGGUAAGGGAAAGAUUGCAGCCCAAUGCGGUCAUGCCGCUGUAGGAGCUUACGAGGGAGCGCUCACAAAAACUCCAUCGAUCUUGCGUAAAUGGCAACGAACCGGGCAGGCCAAAAUUGCGCUUAAGGUUGAAAGUGAGCAACAACUGAUGGAAAUCUACCGAACAGCCAAAGCUAAUAAUCUCAACUGCUGCCUGAUACGGGACGCCGGUAGAACGCAAAUAGAGCCGAAUAGUAAGACCGUGCUAGCUGUGGGGCCAGCGCCAAAUGAAGUUUUCGAUAUGAUAACCGGGCAUUUGAAAUUGUUGUAAAUUUGUAGUGAUACAGAAAUAAAUCGAAACUCAAUUUAAGCUACAACUGAA